UGGAAAACGAAAGUGAUGUUAAGUUUCGUUUUCCCGACUCACAGCUGAUUCUCAUAUAAAUACAGCGGCUGUCAGCACAGAGGAAUAGACACCGUCGCUGCGCUUCAGCAACUCUCCAGACGCCAGCAUUUAAAAGCAAGAUGAGCAGAUCCACCGCAGCUUGGAUUCCAGCCUUCUGGUUGGACAUAUUUGACGAACUGCUUUACGACGACAAUGAGCUGGACUACGGAGACGUCUGGACUCUAAACUUUAACUACAACCAGACUGACGAAGUCACCAACGAUCAGAGGAAGAGAGGCUGGAAAGUGUAUUGCCAUAAUGCCUAUGGACACUUCCAGUGUGGCUCUUGCCGUAAGACCUGGCCUUCGGCUCGGGCGGUGCUGCUGUUCCGGUACCGGCUGCAGAAGGGCCGGGGUACGGUGAUCAUGCGACCCUAUGGCCAGGCCUGUCGUCGUUGCCAGGAUGGGGAAUUUGAUUUCCCGGGUUUCUCCAGGAAAGAGGUGGAACAUGCUUUGCUCAGGCUCUUUUCCAAAAUUCGUAAGAAUUGCUACGGGGAGGAUGAAGGUGAUGAGGGUUCCUCAACAUCUUCUACUAAAGUGUGGACCAAGCCCCACGAGAAAUCACUGUGCGAGGCCUGUCGUCAGGGCAUUUGCUGCCAGGAGGACGAGUGACAGAGACAUAUAUUCCAUCUUUUUCUGUUCGGACAUUUUCCUUGUAAAUUUCGUUAUGUUUGUUAGAUAGAGUGUGAUGUGGAUUAUGAAACAUUGUGUGAGAAAAAUAAUCUUAUAUUGUUUUAUAAAUGCCAAUCUGUUUUAACAUUUAACCCUCUACGGUACACAUAACGAUGCCAGUUGGGACAUUUUUUUUGUUUUUUUUAGACAUUAAAUAGACCGAGUAAACAUAAUCAAGAGAAAUUUUUAAAAUAUAUAUAUAUAUUUUUAUUGACGUUCCCCUUUGGCAACACUGUACGAUAGUGGAAAUGAAUGAAAACAUGAGAGUUUGGUUUAUCAUUGUAAAAACCUUUAAUUACCAACUCAGGUUAUAGCCUAAAAAGGUCCCAAUAGCAUUAACAGUUAACAGUGCAAAUCAUUUAAUAGUUAAAAACUCGUUUGAUAUGAGUGCCGUAAUGCUGACAUUUUUGCCUUACUGCUUGUGGAAACUGAUGAAGCAGUUCCUCUCAGGUGUGAGGGGCACAGGUGGGUCUCACCCAUGGUGCACUCAUUGGGUUUGUUACCAAAUGGCAACAUUAUACCAUAGAGGGUUAAGCAAACCAUAAUGUUUUGGCUUUAUUUGUUUAGGUACUAUAAAUGAGUUUUGUUUGAGUAUGAUAAAAAAAAAUGUUACGUUCAACACCUAUGCAAUUAUGGUAAAUGUAAAUAUCUGUAUUUUACGAUGAUCUUUACUUUUUUACGAUUUAAUUAAGGUAGUCUGAAGAUAUCUAUGCAAGUGUUUUUCAUUCCUUUUUACAGCCUUGAAAAGCUGUGUAAAAGUGGCUGUGUAGGCAGGGGUAGGGUUUUUCACUAAAUGCAAGUAUGCAACUGAUAUGAUGUGACACUGGAUUACAGUGUCGUUACAGGAAAUCUGUAUCAGUUUCUUUAAUUUGCAUGGAAAGAGUCUGAAAAAUAAAAAUAAUGAAAAUUAUUUGGGGGGUUUUUAUCUUAAAAAUGUUUAACAUUUAAGCAAAUUUAUGUACAAUUGUAAAUAAAGAACAUACAUUUAGAACACGC